AUGGAAACCAUAACGAUUCCAUCGCCAACCGCCUUCCUGACAUCCCCCAUCAUCAAACCUGCGCCAGAACCACCGCCCGUUCCCAAACGCAAACCACCGCCUGCCAAAGCAUCUGCCAGUACGACCAAGAAGAAGACGGGUAUUGUCAAACCCAAGCAAUCCAAAAGCCGCAAUGGAUGUGUAACUUGCAAAGCCAAACGUUUAAAAUGCGACGAAACGAAACCAACAUGUCAGCAAUGCCAUAAGAGGAACGUCCCGUGUGGAGGAUACAAGAAGGAUUUCAAAUGGAGGCCAUUCGAGGAGACAACUUUUGCUACUAAGGUGGCACCCGCAGCUAAGCCCAAAAACAAUACGAUUGACAUCAGUCAGGAGAAUGCACCUAUACCCACUGCCUCACAGGGAAGCCCAACUUCGGAAACGUCUUCACCACUGGAGGCAGAACUUACAGUCGAAACGGAUGUUCCCAUGGAAAACACCUUCUUCAGCGCUGCGGCAUCUACUCCUCGUAACUUCUCUCCUCUGCCAGAUCUCAGUUUCGAUCAUCCUCCAUUCUUUGACAUGAGCACGCCCCCAUAUAUGCGGGAAUUACCCAGGCCUAGAUUUGAGGCAGAUGCGGUCACCAAGAGCUUGAGCAGCUUGUUUGAUGAUACGCAGUCAGUACCGCCCAACUCGGCUACUAGACCAUCUUUCUCUGGGCAAUCUCCGAGCUUGAUGGAUUUAUUAUUACCUGGCUCCGAGCUUAACGCCAGGCCAGGAAGUGUAUCGAUUCCUCCACUGGGCCUCUCGACGCCUUCUUUAUCUAUGUCGCCCAUGGAUACACAGUUCAUGUCACAAACAGAGCCCAGUCAAGCAUCUAUGGUGGAUGAUGAAGUAGAGGAAAUUGUUCGAGAAGAUAUGCCGGAUAUGGAUUCGUGGAUGUUAAGAAGUCCAGUCCGGUUUCUUUCUAGGUCAGCAACGCCGCAAGGUUUCAUGGGUGACGACCCCUUCAACAAAAUCUACAGACAGCCAGAGGUGCAAGCUGGAAGUCCCGAAAUGCUAAUGCUCAGGUUCGACAAACAAACUUGCGGUAUCUUAUCGGUCAAAGAUGGCCCGACAGAGAAUCCGUGGAGAACUUUGGUAUGGCCGCUGGCAAGAGAUUCGCCAGCUUUGUACCAUGCAAUUGCAUCCAUGACAGCCUUUCACACCUCGAAAGAAAAGCCAGCCUUGAGAGUUGAUGGCAUGGAGCAUAUGCGGCGUAGUAUCCGUUCUUUGGCGACUGGAAUCGAGAAGAUGCGGACAGAUACCGCUUUGGCGACGACUUUGGUGCUUGCUUUCUCAGAGUCCUGGGAUCAGCACAUUAGCACUGGCAUUGAGCAUUUGAGAGGCGCAAAGAUUCUCGUCAAUCAGGCAAUCGUAUCUCACCAGAAGAAACCUCUGAUGGGAGACGACUUAUCACGACUACGAUUUCUUUGCAACACCUGGAUAUAUAUGGAUGUCAUUGCUCGUUUGACCUCUGUUGAUGAUGAAGGUACUGAUUUUGAUCAUUAUACCCCUCUAAACAUGCCUUCAUUUCCCAACAACAACGAGAUUGAUCCUUUGAUGGGCUGUGGGUCUACCUUGUUUCCGCUGAUUGGAAGGGUGGCGAAUCUGUGCAGGAGAGUGAGACUUGUGGAAUCGAAUUCGAUCCAAGUCAUCAGCCAGGCUAUCGAGCUCAAGGAAUUGAUUGAACAAUGGUCACCACCUCCCGGGUCUGCUUUCGAAAGACCAGAAGACCCUACGAGCGAGAUUCAACACGCUUUACAGACUGCAGAGGCAUACCGAUAUGCAACUCUGCUCUAUCUACAUCAGGCCGUACCUGAAAUCCCAUCUUUGACUUCUGCACAAUUAGCAAAGAAAGUCCUGAUAUAUCUUGCAACUGUUCCACUAAGCAGUCGUCUGGUGAUUGUUCAAAUAUAUCCCCUACUCGCUGCCGGCUGCGAAGCAUAUGAUGCAGAAGACCGUCAGUGGGUGGAGGAUCGUUGGCUGAGUAUGGCAUCACGGAUGUGGAUUGGAAAUGUCGACCGAUGUUGGGAAGUGAUGCAGGAAGUCUGGUCACGACGGGAUGCAGCAGAAAUUGCACAAGCCGAACGAGAGAAUCGAAGACGACCAACUCAUGGUGGAAUGAUUCAUUCCGAGAGCAGUAAACGGAAGUUUGAGGAGGAACUGGCCAUGGAUGAAGUCUUUUCGUUCUCUGAUAUGCUCAAUGCGAAUGUCACGAGUGGCACAGUAGCUAAGAAGCCAAGGUCUGGACGUGAGAGCAUCAGUAGUAUAUCAGCGCCACAGAAACGACGACAAGAACAAGAGCCGGUUACUGAGAAUAUGGAUCCGGAGGUGACAGUCAGAGGACGAAUGCAUUGGGUGGGCGUGAUGAAGGAUUGGGACUGGGAAAUACUGCUCGGAUGA